CUCACUCAUAUCCAUACCCAUACACACAAACACAGAUCCCCACUGGAACUAACUCACUACCUCUCUCUCUCUCUCUCUAGAAUCUAGUAAUCUUUCUCUCUGCCAUGGCUCUGGUUCUCUGCAACUCCAUCCUAGUCCUUCUCUGCUUCUUAUUCUCUAGCUCUGUCUCUUUCUCAACCCAAGAAACCCCAAACCCAAAACUGUCCAGAACACUUGUCAACAAGUCUCUUUCUCUCUCCUUCCCUCUCACCUCUGUCCCUCUCUCUUCUCACUCUUCUGCAACUUUCCUCUCCUCUCUUGCAUCUUCAUCUCUACCAACCAAACGACCCCCCCCAGUCACCAAACCAUCCACCUCCCCCUACAACUACAGAACUGCUUUCAAGUAUUCAAUGGCUCUGAUAGUUUCUCUCCCCAUAGGGACCCCACCUCAGACCCAACAGAUGGUUUUGGACACUGGAAGCCAGUUAUCAUGGAUUCAGUGUCACAACAAGGUAAAACCCAGGAAUCCUCCUCCAACGACGUCGUUUGAUCCUUCUCUCUCCUCAACCUUCUCUGUUCUUCCUUGCAACCACCCUGUUUGCAAACCCAGGAUUCCCGAUUUUACCCUCCCAACCUCUUGCGACCAAAACCGCCUCUGCCACUACUCCUACUUCUACGCAGACGGUACUUUCGCCGAGGGCAAUCUCGUUAGAGAAAAAUUCACUUUUGUGGGAUCCCAAAGUACACCUCCUCUCAUCCUCGGAUGCGCCACUGACUCCUCCGACGCCGAGGGCAUUUUGGGAAUGAAUCUUGGAAGGUUGUCAUUUGCCUCCCAAGCCAAGAUUUCUAAAUUCUCUUAUUGCGUACCACUUCGCCAAAAUCGCAACGGAAUUGCACCAACUGGAGGAUUUUACCUUGGCCAAAACCCUAAUUCACACACAUUUCAAUAUGUAAACCUUUUGACUUUCCCUCAAAGUCAACGCAUGCCGAAUCUCGAUCCCCUCGCCUUCACUCUCCCCAUGGUCGGGAUGAGAAUCGGCAUGACUAAAUUAAACGUGUCGGCUGAAGUUUUUCGGCCGAAUGCUGGCGGAGCCGGUCAGACCAUGAUCGACUCUGGCAGCGAAUUCACCUACUUGGUGGACGAGGCCUAUGCUAAGGUGAGGAAUGAGAUUGUGAGGCUGGUGGGGCCAAAAUUAAAGAAGGGGUACGUUUAUGAAGGCGCGUUGGACAUGUGCUUUGAUGGCAACGCUGUGGAGAUCGGACGAUCGAUAGGCGAUUUGGUUUUCGAAUUUGACAAGGGUGUUGAGAUUGUGGUUCCCAAAGAGAGAGUGUUGGCUGAUGUAGGUGGUGGGGUCCAUUGCUUGGGGAUCGGACGGUCAGAAUUGCUAGGGGCAGCUAGCAGCAUAAUCGGGAACGUUCAUCAGCAAAAUCUUUGGGUGGAGUAUGAUCUGGUAAACCGUAGAGUGGGGUUUGGUAAAGCUGACUGUAGCAGAUCCGUGCCGUGAACAAUGAAGUUAGCGAGUGCUUGAUGAGGUACUGUUAUAUCAACAAAACGUUUCACUGGGGGGAGGAUUCUCUGUGAGCGAGUGUAAAGUAGCAUCCAGAAUGGACGUCUUAAUCGGCCGUACAUAUAUGUUUGAGCGAGUGUGACAUGUACUUAAAUACCAGAGCAAUAUUUAGAUGUUUGUUGUAGCAGUUAAUGUAUUUGUAUGUUGAGUAAUGUUAAAUAUAUCAAUUUUUUUAUUAAAUAAAUGACUAAAUGUCUUGUGAA